AUGAUCGAUUGCUUGCUGGCUCGGCUCAUCUAUGGGUACCUCGUGAUCUACACGGAGACUCGGCAGUUCUUGAGGUUCUGGGUAACACAGCUUGGCCACAUGCACUUGGCGUUGGUGCUCUACGUGAUCCUGAUGGUGGGUGUCCUCCAGCUGCGGUCAGAUGAGCCGGCACCAGGAAUCAUCGCCGCAUGCAGCCUCGUGUUUGUGCUCUGGUCAGCCAUCCGUUUCCGGCAGCAGUACAGGUGGCAGAGGCUUCCUUUCAAGGAGGUAGCCUUUGUCGCAGAGGAGACUCUUGACCAGCAGAAGGACGAGGGUCGAGGAGAGGGAGAGUUGUCGGCCAAGUGCUAUGUGCAACCCGAACUCCGCGCUGCCGAGAGCCUGGAAGUUGAAGCGACAAUGCCCUGA